AUGGCAAAGGAUAAGAAGAGAGAUGGCAAGAAGUCAGAGAAGUCCGUCCCUCCCGUCCCUGCACACAGUGCUGCAGCUGAGAGCAGUCCCACAAAGCUGACAGCUCUGCAUGCCUCAGCCGAUGGAGCGGAAGAAGCGCAAGCAAGUGCAGCAGUGUUGGAUAAAGAACCAGAGAAAGCAGAGGAAGCUCCCGUCCAAGAUGUUCCUCCGUACUACGAGGAGCCCAUUCUUGCUCAACUCGUUGUGAAAAGCUAUGAAGGUGACAAAGUUCAUAGGUUGUAUGAGGGUGAAGGUGUUGCAUUUUUUGAGGGAGGAAAUAUUUAUAAGGGCGUGUUUUCUGAAGGGCAUAUGCACGGACAAGGGACUUACAUGUGGGCUGAUGGAGUGAAGUAUGAGGGAACGUUCGUUAAGAAUGUGCAGAUGGUUAAUGGAUGCUAUACGUGGAAUGAUGGCAGUAUUUAUGAAGGCUCAAUCAAAAAUGGACUCAGGCAUGGAUUUGGCUUUUUCAGGAGUGGUAUCCAUCCAGUUUCUUACGUUGGUUACUGGUAUAAAGGCAAAAGGCAUGGAAAGGGCACCAUUUAUUAUGACCAGGAACAUAUGUCUUGGUACUCAGGUGACUGGGUAGAUAACGUCAAAGAAGGAUGGGGAAUAAGAUGCUAUAAAUCUGGAAAUGUCUAUGAAGGUCACUGGGAGAAAAAUGCACGCCAUGGAAGGGGAAGAAUGAGGUGGCUGACAGCUGGUCAGGAGUACGUUGGGCAUUGGGUGCAUGGAGUACAGCAUGGAUAUGGCACCCACAUCUGGUUUCUGAAGAGAAUGCCUGCAUCUCAGUAUCCCCAGAGUAAUAAAUACGUGGGUGAGUUUGUGAACGGGCAGCGCCACGGCCGAGGGAAGUUCAUCUAUGCCAGCGGAGCGGUGUACGAGGGCCAGUGGGUUCAUAACAAGAAGCAUGGCAAGGGCAAGUUUGUCUUCAAGAAUGGAAAUAUUUAUGAAGGAGAGUUUAGAGAUGAUAAGAUGGUAGAAUAUCCUGCUUUUCAGCUGGAUGCAGAGAGUGCUCCAAAGCUGGAUGCCGUUUGCUCGGGAAGUUGUUCUGGCUCUGAGGCCAUCAGAAUCAUUAACAACUCAGAAAAUCCUUCUGCUCUGGGAUCAGAUAUUGAAUUAGAUAUAUCUUCACUGCUCAACUUGUUGCCAAGGGAAGAGAGACAAGAAGAAGUGAAACAAGUAGAAUUUGCUGUGUUGAGACAUAUUACAAAACUGAGAAGAGUUUACACCUUUUACAGCAGCUUAGGCUGCGAUGAUUCUCCUGACAACACCUUCCUUAUGACCAGGCUCCAGUUUUGGAGAUUUCUCAAGGACUGCUGCUUUCAUCACUCCAGUCUAACUCUUGCUGAAAUGGACCGGAUAUUGAGUGGUGAUAAAACACCACUUGAGGAGAUACAUUCUCCAUAUGAGACUUUACUGUUUAGAACGUUUUUAUCUCACCUUAUUCAUCUGUCAUUUCAUAUCUAUCAUGAGGAGCACAAAGGUGAAAGUCCUUACCUGCAUAAGUGUUUCACUGAAAUGAUGUCCAGGAAUGUUAAUCCCACUGCGUGCCAUAUUCAGGGUCUCUUAUUUUCUGAACAGCGUCGUGCUGUUUUUGCCAUGAGGUACAUUGACAAAUGCUGGGAAAUACACAGAGCUUUUUGUCGUCAGAACACCAGACCUCCGUUUGAACCCACAAUGAAAAUGAGGCAGUUCCUCUGGAUGCUGAAUGAUUUCAAACUCCUUGGCAAGCAAUUAACUGCUUCAAGACUUGUGGAAAUACUUUUCAAAGAUGGUCCCUCCCUACAUGACAGCAGCAGUAGGAACCUGGAGCAGGAGCUGGUCUUUCUUGAAUUUGUUGAAGCUCUUCUUCAUUGUGCCUUGGUGUAUGUUACCAGUGGUGUGAUUAAGGAGCAGGUAGAUGUUCAGAAAAGUAACUUCAGAACGGAGGGUUUCUCCGAAGGAACCACAAAUGAGACUUGCUACACGCAGUUUUCUCUCUCACAGGUGCUGAGACCUUGUGAAGACAGAGGGCACAGUCGUCAAGAAUUUCUGAUGGAUGAACUAGAAGCCCAAACUGGAAAAGAUAAGGAAUUUGAUUGGUGGAUGUAUCAAGUGCAAAUCUUUUUUACAAACAAAUUGUUUCCAGCCUACCAGCAUGAAAAAGUGUUGAAGGCAAAAAUAAAAGAAAAUCGAAUACGGAAUGCUGAGUUAGCUGAGCUGAGAAGGAGGAAGGAUGAGGAGACAGCAAAACUUAUUGCUGAAAGAGAAGCAGAAGAUGCAAAAAAGCAGAAAGGAGCUGCAGAAGAAGAAAUGUCACUGGAGUCCAAGAGUACAGUGUUUAAGGAGUUAGAAGAGCCUGGUGCACAGUCAGCACCCCAUCCAAAGGAAGAGGCUUCUGCUGUACCAGCCCCAGCUGUUACCAAGGUGCCCACAGGAACCAAGAGGAGGAGGAAGUGAAUCUUCUGAUGAGAUCCACUAAACUGACAAGAAUGUAAGUGUUCUUUGAAGAGAAAAAUACAAACCAAAACCCACACCAAAUAACGCUUCCACUGGCAUCUGAAUCACAAGUGCUAUAAAAGUGAGAUUUGCUGUUCUGCUGAAACUUCAAGGCUAGCUGUCUUUAAACAAAGAGCCUUGGGAAAAGGAAUGUGUGGGCAGUUAAAUAAAGUGUAACCCUCUGCAGAAAUAAACAAAGUUAUUCCUGCAAUCAAUGUUAGCUAAUUAGUUAAAACUUGUAUCAGUGUUAAGGUGAUGCAGAACUUAUGUUCCCCAUCACGAUGGUAUUGCUGAAGUAAAUGGCUUCGUGUUCAAUCAGUUUUACAUACUUGAAGUAAGUCAAGUAAGUAUUUUUUGUGGUCCGGUCUGAUUGUGUUUGGGGAAUACUUGCAGGUAGGAAUUUGACAACAAAAGAGCUAAAUUGAAGCAGGAG